CCGCGGGGGAAAGGCCGCUGCGCGCCCAACUUCACUCCAAGCAACUUCCCCGGUGCGGCGGAGCCGGCGCCCGGUUUGGCGGAGCGAGCAGCCGGUGCUUCGGCUGGGUGAGUCUGGGCAGUGUCUCUGGAGUGAUCACAUUCCCUGUCCUUAAUGUGCCCUUGGUGACCAAGUUUUUGUUGUCACUAUGAGAAAGAAUUCAGGCCCUAUGGAUUGGUUGCAGCAGGAAAUUAUGAUUCUCUUUCCUUGCUGGAGUUUUUCACUUCUGUUGAAUGUGUAAUUCCAACUAUGGCAACAAGAGUAGAAAUAAAUUCUACUUUGGCGUCUUUGACGGCAGUCCCUGACCUAGCUGAGCUCAGGGCUGAGGAGAAGGCGCAGCGUGUGUAUGUCAGUGUGCUUUCAGAUGCCAGCAACAAGGCAAAGGAGGCCUCAGCAUCCCUGACUCUGGAAGAGAACAAGAAAUUUGGGAAUUCCUUGAGAUCUGCAACCAUGCCCUCUCUGGGAUCAAGGCCCAGACUUUUCCCAAAGCCUUUUUGCAAAGAGAAAUCCUCGGAUACUUUUGCAAACGUCAAACCGCCCGUCCCAGCGUUCAGGUCCAGCAGCAUGGUGAGGAAGGCCACUGAGGAAACGUCCUCUGUGAAGGUGUUGAGUGGAAAUGUCCCUCCCUUAGUGGAUCAGAAAGCCAUUGACACUGAAAAUCAGGCUGGCAGUGACAUGGUGACAAAUGUGACUUUCUACACAGGGCCCAGUGCCAACACAGUCAUUCUGUUUGAGCCAGGGGGCCCUGAGCAGACCACGGUCCAGGAGAAAAGGGCUCAGGAGCGCAGGGGAUUCUCUGCUCUGCAAAGCAAGGACCUGCAGGGCUCUGUGAAACCAGCAGAGCCUCCCAGGAAUCCUGAUGGAGCUCUCCAUAGGCACAUGUCAUUCUCCUCCACUCUCAGACCUGAAUCCUGGAACUCCCUGAAAACCAGUGAAAAGAAAGACGCUCGUGAAGUUCAUCCAGGGGAGAAGAGCAAUGAUGAUGUAAAUAAACUCAACAAUAAAGUUGAUUUCUCUGUGGAUGCCCAGCAAAGGGCAAAGCAUAGACCAGUGUCUGCUAUUUUUCUGGAAUCAUUACGAGAUCAAAAGCAUCACGCUGUGGAAACUUCUGAGGAAAAAUCCCCUACAGAGAAAUCUGGGGUUAGGAAACCAAGGCCUUUGUCCAUGGACCUGACAGCUAAAUUUGAACAUAAAGAUCUUUCUUCUUGCAAGAAGGCUGGUUCAUCCCAUGAAAGCAAGGAGAAUGUGUCCAUAAUUGCUUUUACUGAUGUGGGUAGUCAUGAUCAGUCUGAAACGGGGCCAAAACAUGAAGAAACUGAAUUGAAUAAAAGCAGUUCUUCUAAAACAAAUCUGAAAUGCAGUAGUCAGGACAUUGGCAUCCUGAAUAAUGGGAAAUACACAUGGGAAAGUAAACUUAAAUCUAAAAGUGAACAAAUUGAGACAAAACCAGAAAUAAUUAUUAACUUGCAUGGUCCUGAAAGAAGCCCUGAAACAACCAGUGAAAACAGAACUAAUAAAGGGGGGAAAAGAGCAGAUCAGAAGGAAACAUACACGUUCCUGGGCUGUGAGAUUCCUGCAGCUUCCUCAGAAAAAGAGAAUAAUAUCUUAAGAGGUAGUGUUAAAAAACACAUCAGUUUGUUUACUUCUGAAAAUCCCAGUGCCACAGUGGAUCCAGAGCUUCUCCCAGAGAAGGAGAACAGGUGUGUGACCAUCCAGCAGAGGAUCAGGGAGCUGACGACAGAAAAUCCUGAGGUUAAGGGAGGAAAUCUGCGCCGCUCGCUGCAGUCACGGCCGCUCUCUGCGGACUUAACCAAGAUGUUUUCAAGUCCAACAUCAGGGGGUGAAGCAAAGUCUGAGAAACCUGGGGAGGCUGGAGCUGACUCGAUCCAUGACCUGCAGGAAAAUCCAAAAAGCAAGGAGCUGAAGCUCACCCAUGGCACAGAUUUCACCGAGGCGUUUGCUCCUGGGAAACCUUGGAAAUCCCGUCAGGUUUUAAAGAUAACCAAUAAACCUGAUCAGCUGGAGAGGAAAGGGAGCUUCCUGGGAGAUGGUCAGCAUUUCUCACAGCAGACUGAGAGUUCUGUCUCAUUCACAAGCAGCUUUGAAAAGAAAUUAAACCCAGCUCUUCUGGAAAAGCCCUUCAUUAAAACUGUCCGGGCCACCCUGUUUGAGCACAAUGUGCAGAAGCACAGCGUUGUGGCUGAGCAUUCUGGGGCUGAUCCUGCACCAAAAAGGAACCAAGAACCUGAGGCAAAGCAGGACCUGGGGCUUUCAGGGCACAGCAGGCGCUCGUGGAUGGGAGAAGGGGAGGAAAGCACCACUGCAAAGGAGCAUCAGAAGCAGCCUGAUCCAUCAAAACAUCCAGCACAUGUAGAGAAAAGUCCGAAACCAGCUUCCUCAAGUGAAGACAAGAAAAUGAAUCCAGGAAUUGUCUUAGAAAAAUCUUUGGUUGAGAAGAGUGAAAAACCCGCUCCCAAAAUUACAGAAGAUUCUCAAAUUUACCAAAGAAUAGAGCCCAGGUAUGAAAUCUUUCAGACUUGUGGUGAAAGGGCUCUUAGUGAAGCCAUCACAAUGGCUCCUGAGAAAAAGGCCAUGACACUCAGAACUAGAAAAUCAUCUGUGAAAGAGAAUAAAACUGAUGAGGACGUUGUACCCACAGGGCAGUCGGUUAAGACAAGUAGUCACACUCUUUACUUGAAAGAAGAUAAUGUUACUUCAGAAGCCAGAGAGGCAAAAGUUCUCACAAGCAAGGCUGUGUUGAGAGAACCUGCUGGUUUUCUCUCCAGUGAAUGCACUUCACCUGAACAGAAAAGAGACUCUGAUAAAACUGAUCCUGAGCCACUGUUCAUAGCUGAGAAAACACCUUACUCCACAAACAAAAGUAAAGGUUUGGGAAUGAGUGAGAAAGUCAGCAAGCUACAUGCUGAAAUUAAAGGUGAUAAGAGUGAAGUGUCUUCUGUAGAGAAAUCAGAGAGGAUUAAUGUUGUGAAAUGCUCUUCUGAGAAAAGGAGUUUCAGGGCAGGUGGGACAGACAUCCAUGAAUUCCGAACCAACUUGGAUCGUGAAGUGACUUCCACAAGUGUCAAUAAACACGGGGCUCAGGCUUCAGUGCUGGCAAGUGGGCAAUAUUUUAAAUCUUCCAGUAGCCACCCCCCUGAUGCAAAAGGACUGAAUGUUACUAAAGAGGAAUCUGGGCCCUUUGGGCUGAGGAAAAGUCUGGACUUCAAUUGCAAAGAGCAAGACUUCAGCUUGGCUUGUACAGCUCCUGAAAACAACGAGAAACUCCGAGGAGCAGAUCCAGAAGAGAAAGUCAGGAGAAGCAGAAGUAGCGUUUCUGACUUGAAGAUUUCUGAAAGGUGGAGGAGGAGGACCUUGCCUCAGGAGUCACUCAAGGUGGAAGAAGUUGUGUGGCUCAAUCCUGAAAAUAUCAAGAAGCUGAGCCGGACAGAUUCAUUGCAAUUGAAUGAAAAUUUAUUGAAAAAGAGAAGCAAAAAUAUCAAAGAUGGGGUGGAGGGGAGUGAGGCUAACCAAGCUGUUCUUGGCACUCCUGAUGAUUACACGAAACAUCAGAGUUCUGUCUUUGAGCCAAAGGCAACUUAUUUUGCAGUGACUUAUCAGAUUCCUGGUAUCAAAAAAGAGAAAAGCUUUGUUGGUGCUCCCAGUGCAAGUGAAAUUAAUAUGGUUUCUGGUUCAAACGAGGCAGCAGCAAUUAAUCUGGACCCUGUUUUUCCUGGAAGGUCCAAACCUUUAUUGCAGCAACCAAAUAAAAAUGUGACAAGUUCAACUUGUAGAGAAGACUCCUGGGAAGCACGUAUUAGCAAGGAUUGGGUCAAAGAAGAUGAAAAAGAUGCUGUCUUCUCCAAAAAUGUUGCAUUUGGUAAUUUUCGCGUGUCUAGGAAAGAUAACCAACAGCAUCACGAAAAAGGUCUGGAUCAUUCUAAAGAGAAAAUUAUAGAUGUUGAUGCUUUGCUGUUAAAACAGGAUCAACAGGCUGAUCUCAAGAGUGGCAGAAGGAAAAUCUCCUCUUACCACGAGCCCCGAUCCCCACCACGUUCUGCACAGGUGUGUAAGGACAGUGAGCUGGGCCACCAGAAAAGGAGUGACAAUAAUUCUGAUCUGCCUGGGAGGAAGGCUGAGGAUGGCUACAGAUCCCAAAUUCUCGACAUUGAUGCGCUUAUGGCAGAAUAUAAAGAAGAAUCAGCAAAGGCCAGUAAAGUUCAGGAGAAGUUUUCUGAAGAUCUCGGCUCACUGAGUUGGGAGAGAUCAAAGAACAAAAGAAAUGUGUCGGAGAGGAUGACUCUUACCUACAGCUGGAACGAGUGGAAGAGUGGAUCAGACCACUAUUCAGUUAAUAACAAACCAGGUGAACGUGCAGAAGAGCAGCACAGGCCGGAGAAACUAAUCCUAAAUGAGAAGAGCAAAGAGAAACUGGAACUGCGGAGCCCUGAAUUUGAUAAGCAGAAGUCCAAAGACAGAAAGGUCAGCCCUCCUUACUGGGGAAACCCCAGCAGCAUUUUCCCAGAGAAGUUUGUAAAUUCACCUGUGGAAUUUGCUAGGAAGAAAACUUUCAUUGUUGAUGAGGACGAGGAGGUGAACUUGACCUCCAGAAACCAGGGUGCAAAAUUUGUAAUUGAAAAGGUACAGCCCAUAAAUGCAGUGAGCACAGAGCAGAGGCUGGAAGUCAGUCUGGCCUCCAAGCUGUCCCUAAAGGCUGAUGAUGGGCUCUUGCAGAAGAAGUUGGUGACAAAAGAACAAUUCAUGGAGGUGUCUCCAGAGGGCGAUUGGAGCAAAAACAUCGUGAGGAGCUCUACACUGAGAAGCAAGGACAGCUCAAGUAAAAUGUGUGAGGGUGACUCUUUCAAAAGUAGGGCUGACUGGAAGGGGUACAUGUCUGGGUUUGGGACUGUCCCCGCGGAUCUCAGACGAUCCUACUCGGAGAAAUGCCGCCAGGGGAGGGACAGCCUGCCCCUCAUGCAGGAUCUGAGGGCAAGGAAGGACCUGCAUCGAUCCAGGCCAAGCUUCCCCUUGGAAAAUGUGGAUAACUCGUGGAAACACAAGGUGGCAGCUCAGUCAGAGCCAUUCUUCCAUGAGGAUAAAAAGGCUCCCAGGAAAGAGUGGAGCAAGCAGAGCUCGGACAAAACAGAGGGAACAGACUUUUCCUCAGUGUCUGCGCAGAGGAGCCACCACAGUUUCUACAAGGAGAGGAGAUCAGAUUUUGGUUUGGACCAGCUGAGGAAAUGCUUCUCCAGGCAGCCGCCGGGGGCGAAGGACACGGACACGCUGGUGCAGGAGCCCGACAGCCAGUACGGCACCUGGAACGAGCAGAGGCACAGCAGCGACAGCUUUGUGGGAGAGUCUCCCUCCCUGGACAAUGAGGUGGUGUCGGGGCGGAAGCCGCCCGCGGGCAGCCACCCGUCCUCGCUGUCCUCGCAGACAGAGCCUCCCUCCCUGCCUGAGCACCAUGACUUCUCCAAAGAGCAAAGGAGCACCAGCCUGGACCGCUCCAGCACGGACAUGGACUCCACCGAUGGCACUGAUGUGCCUCCUGCAGGGGACGCGCUCCCUGAGGACAAGAGUUAUUUCUCCUUCAUUGAUCACACAGAUGUCCUGGACUCCAGUGCUCUCAAGACUCGGGUGCAGCUGAGCAAGAAGCGUCGGUGCCGGGCGCCCGCGUCGCACUCGCUGCGCAGGAGCAGAGGGCUGGACCUGGACAACAGGUUCUCCUUGACAGAGGAGUCAGACAAUGGCUGGAUGUUCAAGGAUUCCACAGAAGAGAAGAAAACUAUGCAACAGGAGGAUUCUGAGGAGGAAGACAAGAUCCAGCACACUCCGAGGUCAUCUUCUGUGCAAGCCCAGAGAAUGCCUGUGUUCCCAGGGAUGGAUCAUGCUGCUCUCAAGGCCCAGCUGAGGAAAAGACAGGAGUCUGAGAGCGCUGGUGACACCGGCUCUGCUCAGCUCUUCAAAUCCCCCAAAGCACAGCUCGGCGCUCCCAGCAGCAGAGUGCUGCCCUCCAGUGUGGAAAAGGAGGACAGGUCAGAAGAAAAGUCUCCUCAGUGGCUGAAGGAGCUGAAAUCAAAGAAGAGACAGAGCCAUUAUGAGAAUCAGGUUUGAAAAGACAGUGAUUCUAACUAGGAGAAGAUAAAGAAGUUUAACAGAAGCCUUAACUCAUCUGAACCUAAACCCCCAUGUCAUGUUGCUGCUGUUUGCUUCCUGCCUCAACUGCUCUGUGCAUGGUGCCUUCCUGUUUUGUGGAGAAAAGCUGCUUCAAUUCAUAGUCAAAUACAAAGCUGUGUCUGUCAGGUCAGAGGGGACAGUGGCACUUCAGAGCUGCCUGCCAGGAGAACCCCCCUGGGUCACAGAUAGCACUUCAAAAAAUCUUGGAAAAAAGAGAUAUUUGGGAGUGCUGUGAUCCAGGGAACUCCCCUUGCUGUGGAACACUCUGUAGGUGUUCACCUCUGGGAGUUGUGUCUGGCUGGGCUUUGUGUUUGUUUAUGAAAAUAAUAAUUUUAAUCAAGUUUUUUUUCUUUUUUUUUUUUUUUUGGUGAACAAAUAGUAAGCUCCUAUUUAGAAUGAAAUUUGUGGAAGGUGAGAGUGGAAGAACAAAUCAUGUUUACUGCCAUACUGAAAAAGGAAACUUGAUUAUUUUUUGUAAAAUGUAUUUUUGAUUGGCUUGUAUUUACAUGUGAUCUGCUGACCUGGCAGAUGGAGAUAAUUUUUAGAUGAACAAAAUGUUAACUUUUGUCACUCUUGAAGUGGUAUAUUCUGUGUUUUGUCAGCAUGUGGAAUAAUUGCUUCAUUGGAAUGUCUUUCCUAAAAAAGGAUCAAGCAAUAAUGUCAACCAGUUCUCUUUAAAAAAAAAAAAAAGUAAAAAUAUGUAAAUACUGUUUUUAUAACAAAAAAAGGAAGGGAAGAGGGAGGAUGUUACACUCAUAUCAGGGUUCCAGUUAAUUGUUGAAUGUCACUUUAAUAGCAGUUCAGAUAGUCCCACUUCAUAUUUUUAUUUGUUAAUCUGUAAAUACCAGGUUUAAGUUUUUAUUUUUAUGCUGAUUUUGUGGGAUAACCUAAAUGUGAUCUUCAGUUCCUCAGAUGAUUUCCUGUCUUUCCUUUGGCAAGAUGUGCUGAUAGCAGAGUAGAGAUCUCCUGGACCACACGGGUGUUUGGGUAUCCCUAAUUCUCAGAUAUUCCCUGUCUCUGGACACUGAUUCUGAACCACCAACCACCAUGGCCAUGGAGGACAGGCUCGAUUCUUGCCCCAGAUAAGUGCUCUUUCAGUAAAUAACCUUUAAAAGUGUGGCAGGCCAGGGGGGGAGGUGGCUCCAGGUGUUCCUCAGGCUCAACCAGGAAAACGUGGAAGAGGGAAAAGGAGAGUGGAGAGCUCUCCUCACCUGGCAGAGCUGCUUGGGCUGCACUCCCCGAUCCUGCUGAGGGGCUCCUCUGCAUACAAACCAUAAAGCACCAGCACCUCAGCUCCUUUUUCCUUUUUGUCUUUUAUUUUUUUCCCCAUCAGCGUUUCGGGAGCGCGGCUCCCGUGGGGCCUGCCCAGGCCAGUGUCUGUCAGGCUUGGAGCUGCCAAAACCAUGUGCCAAUUCGCCUCAUGGAGGAGUCACAGGGGGGGAUUUGCAGCCCCAAUCUGCAGGAAAUAAAUAGCAGCAGGAUGAAAUAGCAGCAGGAUGGCAGGAGACAAGUCCCAUCUGCACAUCUCUGGCUGCCGGGUUUUAUUCCGGUGGCAGCUCCCUGGAGAUGAGAUGGAGACGUCUGUCUGAUGUAAAAGUCUUUUUCCCCUGUUGCUUUGCCCUGUUUCUCAUGGGAGCUGUUGCCAGUGUUAGUUUGGCAGCCCCUCUGCUCCCCACAGAGCAGUGAUGCCCAGGAUUCUGAUGGAAUUUUGGGAUGGGCCGUGUCGGUGCAGCCACCACCAUUGCCCAGCUCCUUUUACAACCUUGCACAGAUUCCCUUCCCUCUCCUUUAGGUGGUGGUGGAAAAGGUGACUCUUGGUGUGGGUUUUUUGGGGUAUAUUCCUGUGGCAGCACCCAAGGGUUCCAUGGUGUGUGACACUCACCUGGGGCAGCCUGAGCAGCAGCUGCAGGUGAGGAGGAUGAUGGUGGCUGUUCUCACUCACAUCAAAUGGGGCCUCCCAUGUCCAGAAAUCACAGGAGCAUCCCCACAGGCUGCAUUUUCCACUUCCACAGGUGACAGUGUUGUGUUCCCAGCAGUUGGAGGAUUUACUGGUUCUUGGUCUAGGCCAGAAAUUCUGUAGCUGUUUGUGCUGAGGAAACUGAGGGGAUUGACACGAGGUUUCCACACAGCCCUUGAAUGUGUUUGCAUUUCCACAUCUGCUUGGACAAUGCACUGAAAUUACUGUAUUGAGUAGUUUAACCUACUACUGAGAAAUGUUUAAUGCUUAAAUGUCUAAUUAAAGAGCAUCUUUAGAAUGUU